AUGAAUAAUCCAUCAGCUGUUCUUACGAAAGUCGGCGAAAUCGUCAUCGAGGAUAGACCAAUUCCUCAGAUCAAGGAUCCUCACUACGUCAAGAUCGCCAUAAAGUAUACUGGACUUUGUGGAUCCGAUGUUCACUACUACCAACACGGCCGCGUUGGCUCUUUCAUCGUGGAAAAACCAAUGGUGCUGGGACAUGAAUCGUCCGGUGUCAUUGUGGAGGUUGGCUCUGAAGUCAAGACUCUGAAGGUCGGUGACAGAGUUGCCUGCGAGCCGGGCAUUCCUUCCAGAUACUCUUACGAAUACAAGAGCGGAAACUACAACCUGUGUCCGGAGAUGGCUUUUGCUGCCACUCCACCCUACGACGGAACUCUGUGCAGAUAUUAUCUUCUCCCUGAGGACUUUUGUGUCAAGCUGCCAGAAAACGUCUCAUUGGAGGAAGGCGCCUUAGUUGAACCCCUUUCUGUCGCCACUCACGCCACUAGGCUGGCCAAACUAACGGUUGGGGACAAUCUGGUUGUCUUCGGUGCCGGUCCAAUUGGAUUGCUCUGUGCUGCUGUUGGGCGGGCAUUUGGUGCUAGCAAGGUGUGCAUCGUUGACAUUGUUAGCGAAAAGCUUGAUUUUGCGGUUGCCAAGGGUUUUGCAACCCAUUCCAUUAAUUCCAAAGAUAAAAGUUUUGAGGAAAUUUUGAAGUUCAUCCAAACUUCCUGGGACGGCGAACGGCCAACAGUUGCAAUGGAUGCUACCGGAAACCAGUUCUGCAUUGCUAAUGCCAUAAGACUGCUGGAGAAAAAAGGAAGAUACGUCCAAGUCGGUAUGGGAAGACAGACCAUGGACGGUUUCCCUAUUGCUGAGGUUGCAGAGAGAGAGCUGUUGAUCACUGGUGUUUUCAGGUACACAGUUGAUGACUACAAGAUUGCUGUCGGCUUAAUUGGCUCCUCAAAGGUCAACGUGAAGCCUUUGAUCACCCAUAGAUUCAAGUUUGAGGAUGUAAAAAAAGCCUACGACUUUAGCAAGGAAGGUAAAUCCAUCAAAAUUAUGAUUUCAGGCCCUGAAUAA